AUGAAGUUCACCAUCGUUGCUGCUCUUGCCACCCUCGCCGUCGCGGCUCCCGCCACGGACCGCCGCGCCACCUGGACGCAGUGGUUCGCCAACGUCGUUGCCGAGCCCGAGCCGUACAACAACAGCAACCUCACGUUCGCUUUCAGCUUGGCUUUCACCGACGGCACCAUCUACAAUUGUGCCACUUCUUAUGACACCAACACUGGCGUGUCUGCCAACAACACGUGCACCUACAAAGGCCAACCCUCCGAUGUUACCGCCACCGUCGCAGUCCUCGGCGGCAUCCAGAACAUCGCCCCGUCCGUUUACAUGCCGGCCACUGAAACCACCUACACCGCCAACAUCACGACCGCGAACCCUCAAUACUCUUGCGCCCACUCCGGCACUCCUGGCAGUGGCGUCAAGUGCAUCACCACAUCCGGCACCUUCACCGCCACAGCGGUCUAA